AUAUCUUUUAAUUUUUUUAAAUAAAAAAAAAUAUUAAAAUUUAUCGCACAGCCAGCAGAACACAAAGACGUGACCUUUUUUAGUUUGGAACUUUGGGGAGCUUGAAUCAAACAAGGCAGCAAAUAAAGCUGCUGCAGGUCCCAAGCGCAGUGGCACGGAUAAGAAUAAAAUCCUUGGAGAGCAGCGGCAAAUCGACUCAGCUACGGUAAAAGGUGAAGGCAACAGAACUCUCCAUCGCGCCUUAAUAAGCCUAUGAAUCGGAUUUAUUAAUAUUUCGACAAAGGAGAGCCAAUCAUUGGGAGAUAGACAUACUGAGGCUGAGAGUUGAAGAGAACAGAUGUUUAGGCCUUCUGCGUUCAAAGCAGUUAUGGUCGAAGACCGUUAAAAACAGUAACUACAAAUUGAGUGAUCCUCUCUUCAUCACUUCUGAACAAUGUUGAAGCUAUUCCCAUCAAAACACUCGCUAAGGUCCAUUGAAGCCAAGUUUUCGAACCAUGUACUUCUCACAUCAUUGUCUUCUUCCUCCGAUCUCUCAACCAUUAUUCUCGACUCCAAAACCCCUAAACAAGCCCUUGAAUUUUUCACUUCCAUUUUAAAGCAAAACCCAAAAAACCCAACCAAGGAUCUUCGCUUGUAUUCUGCUAUAAUUCAUGUUUUAACAGGUGCCAGAAUGUACACCACUGCCAGGUGCUUGACAAAAGACCUAAUCCAAACCCUCCUUCAAUCCUGUAAACCUCACCGUGUUAGUUCUCUGGUUUUCAGUGCCCUUAAUCAGCUGGAAGGCUCAAAAUUCACUCCCAAUGUGUUUGGCGUGUUGAUAAUUGCAUUCUCUGAGAUGGGUCUUCUUGACGAAGCCUUGUGGGUGUAUCGCAAGACUGGGGUUUUACCUGCAGUGCAAGCUUGCACUGCUCUCCUAAAUGGGUUGGUUAAGAAGGUUAACUUUCAUUCCAUGUGGGAAUUAUAUAAGGACAUGAUUUCGCAUGGGUUGGUGCCUAGUGUUGUCACUUAUAGUGUAUUAGUCAAUGCUUAUUGUAGCAAAGGUGAUAUUCUGAAAGCUAGGAGCUUGGUUAAUGAGAUGGUGAAGAAGGGGAUUGAACCAACAGUUGUGAUCUACACGACUCUUAUUCGUGGUCUUUGCAAUGAAAGUAAUUUCGUGGAAGCAGAAAGUAUGUUCAGACAAAUGAAGGAAUCUGGAGUUUUACCCAAUUUGUAUACUUACAAUGUUCUGAUGGAUGGAUACGGCAAAAUAGCAAAUGUGAAACUCGCCCUGCAUAUGUAUCAAGACAUGCUUAACAAUGGAUUGCUGCCAAAUAUUGUGACCUUUGGUAUCUUAAUAGAUGCUCUUUGCAAAGUGGGCGAGUUAUUGGCAGCAAGGGGCUUCUUUUCUCAGAUGGCUAAGUUGGGUGUUAUUCCAAAUGUACUUGUGUAUAAUAGUUUGAUUGAUGGGCACUCUAAGGCAGGGAGCCAAUCCAAAGCAAUGGAUUUACUUUUAGAGAUGGAGAGGUUAAAAAUUUUGCCUGAUGUUUUCACCUACAGUAUACUUAUUAAAAGUGUUUGCAGUUUGGGUACAGUUGAAGAAGCAGAUAAUUUACUGAAAAUAAUGGAGAAAAAGGGGGUUCAACCUAAUUCUGUGAUCUACAAUUCACUGAUCAAUGGAUACUGCAAGAAAGGAAACAUAGAGAAGGCUUUGGAGGUGUGUUCCCAAAUGACAAAGAAAGCGUUGAUUGAUGGUCAUUGUAAAAAUGGUGAUAUGGAAGAGGCUAUCCGACUGUAUAAGCAUAUGCUGAAGGCUGGGCUUAGCCCUAAUGUUUUCACUGUUAGUUGCUUGAUUAACGGCCUUUGCAAAGCUGGAAGGACAUCUGAUGCUAUUGAAUUUUUCUUAGCCAAGACCAGAGGUAACACCACAGGCAAUCAAGUACAUGAAAUGGACAGUAUUUUUUGUUCACCAAAUUUUGUGAUAUACUCAUCCUUGAUUCAGGCUUUGUGCAAGGAAGGGCAGAUUUUUAAAGCUAGUAAGUUUUUCUCAGAUAUGAGAUGCAAUGGUUUAAGGCCAGAUGCAUUGGUUUAUGCUGUCAUGUUGCAGGGGCAUUUAAAUGCCAAACAUAUGAUUGAUGUGAUGAUGUUGUAUGCUGAUAUGAUAAAGAUGGGUGUUGUGCCAAAUCAAGUUAGUUAUUGGAUCUUAUCAGGGGUUAUGGAGAGAAUAGGCAUCUGAAGUCAUCUCUCGGGUGUUCUGAGCACUUGAUAAAAAGAGGUCCCGAGUGUUUUGAGUCAUAAAACACAUAAUGAAUAAGGACAAUACAUUGCCAAUUUGCUUAAUGAUUUCCGGAAGAGAUCAGAUCAGAUCAGAUCAUUAGGACUUUGAGGGUGAAUGCGUGACCCUCUGCUGAUAUCUAUUUGAGCCUGAGGAGUUACAUUGUAAAGGCAGCAAUAUUUUCUACUGCGGGAAGUAACAACAUCACUUUUAUAUGUUGAAUGAAGUAACAACAUCAUCAGGAGAUUCCAAUAUGUUAAAUGUCAGAAGGGUUUGAACGGAAGGGACACUGCAUCUUUUCUGAUGAUUCAUUGAGGAACAAAAUUCUGAUAUCAAGUGGAUCAUUUUGCAUUCGAAGCACUGCUCUUGGUUUGCUUAACCCAGUUAUUGGGCGCUUGUGGAAUUUACUACACUGGGACUCAACUAAGCCUUAGACGGUUAGACCCUUUUUAUGUCACCAUUUGGCUCAACCUCAAAUUCUUGAAGGUACCUUUUGAGUCAAAUCCAUGUGAUUUGCUUUUUGACCCUGUACAGAUUCUAUAAUAUUAAAGCAUUUGAUUACCC